CGAGAAUCCCAUCCUACCUACUUGCCGUUAAACUGAAAAAAAAACCUCAAUUCGGCAUUUUGAAGACAGCGACACUCCGUACCUGCCUUGAACGCCUGCCCGAGAUUUCCGUGUAACUGCCAGGAAGGAAGGAAGGAAGGAACAAUACCCCGCACAAACGACUAAACUUGGUUCAACUUCAGGCUGUUCAGCAAAGUGACUUUCCUUCCUGAUCAACCCAACACAGGGUACGAUACCUGGUACCUAAAUUACCCACCCACUAGGCUCAAAUAUCAGAAAAUCAGCUAUGGCAACUACCGGCAGUUUCCGCUAUCUCGAUCCAACCACGCUCGGAAACACCGACAGCGGAAAACCAUGGAGCAAAGUCGAUGUCGACGUCACCUCGUGGAAGCGCAUUGCCAUUGAACGUCCUGUCCAUGACAUGCGCGCCGAAGGUCUUGAAAACUUCACCACCGACAACUCUGGCUUCUCGGUUUACCACCACCCGGCUGCCGAGAAAGACUUUACCGACGACAAGGCCGUUCGCGAGGGUUAUUACUCCGAGGUCGAGUCUCUGCUCAAGGAAAAACUUCCAGGCAUCAAAAAGAUUGUCAUAUUCGACCAUACUAUUCGCCGUCGGACGCCGGACAGUCCUCGACAACCUGUGCAAGCUGUUCAUGUGGACCAGACUCCCGCUGCCGCCGAGGCAAGGCUGCGUCGUCAUGUUACGGAUCCUGCCGAGGCUGAGGAACUGGUCAAAGGACGGUACCAAAUUAUUAACGUCUGGCGGCCGAUAGGAUGGCCGGCGUCCGAUUACCCACUUGCUGUGAUUGACUGGCGCUCAACGGAACCCAAAGACCUGGUCGCCGUUGAUCUUCUAUACCCGAAGCGGCAGGAGGGGCAAGACGACGAUGAUCGUGGCAAGGAGGUUCUCCCGGAUCCUGCAUCUUUGGCUAGCUCGGAGGGGUAUGAAGUUCGAGGCGAAACGUACGCCAUCGCUCCUAAUGACAAGCAUAAGUUCUACUAUGCCAAGGAUAUGACCCCAGACGAAGUAAUGUUUAUCAAAUGCUUCGAUUCUAGGAGCGAAGGCCAGCCAAACGGGCGAAAGGGUCUUGCCGCACUGACUCCGCAUACGGCCUUUGUCGAUCCUGCCACGCCGCCCGACGCUAAAGGCAGACAGAGCAUUGAAGUGCGCUGCUUGGUGUUUUACGAGUAAAAUGAAGCCAUGGUUCCACAGUCCUACAUGUUCCAUCUUUUUUUGGAUUAGUUUCUUGUGUUGACAGUUAACAACAUCAACGAAACCUUGAAUCCCC